CUGAUGCACUGCGGGACUUCAGAGUUGGCACCAAGAAAAAAGUUGCGCUCGGUAUCGAAAUAACCCCGGUUACCCCAUAUGUGCAGCCAAGCAAUGUUAUUAAUAACGUGCCUGUUGCCUGCCUGUUGACAGAUAGAACGGCCGAAGGAUUAAAGAUGGAACAGAGUUUGUGUAUGUUUCUUGGUUUGCUUUGGCAACCCUGUGGAAGGUGGCUGAAUUAAAAAACAAAUCUUCUCCCUACCAUACAAUCCCUACCAUUACGCUGUCGUGAUCCGUCCUUUGGCCUUUUCUUAGCCCGGCCAUGGGAAAGGGGGUGGAGAGGGCUCAGCUAACUGAGCUGCCUGCCCCAGCACCAGAGCAGACAUGCACAUGCUUGACAUGCUGAGUUAGGACUCAGCACACAAUGGGGUCUAUUUCUGUAACUGCUCUAGGGUUAUCACCCCACUUGCACCGACUCUCUCCCUCUAUCUAUUUCUGUCGUCUCGUCUCUUUUCCCAACACUCUAACCUACUUCCACACCAUCAUGGCCGACAAAACCAGCCGGUUAGGCGUUCGUAGGAAGGAGAAAGCGCCAGAAACCAAAGCAAAUGAGGAGAAGGACAAGGAAAAGGCCAAAGAGAAGGCUGUAAAAACUCCAGACAAGCCCAGCAAAAAGCAAGAGAACACCCCAGAGCCGCAGAGGACCGACGAGAAGAAGACAAAUGGUGAAAGCGAAGGGGCACCAGGGGCAGCAGCAAAUAACAGUGAGGAUAAUGGAGAGUUUCAGCCCAUAGAGCUGCCACCUUUUGAAAUUGUCACUGGGGAGAGAAUGAGCCCGUUCUACUUCAAGUUUCAGUUCAGGAACGUGGAGUAUUCAUCGGGCAGGAACAAAACGCUCCUGUGUUUCAGAGUGGACACAGCGGGAGGCAACGCAGAGCCUCUGAAAGGCUACAUGGAGGAUGAACAUGCCACAGCCCACGCUGAGGAGGCCUUCUUCCAGCAGGUUCUCCCAAACUCCUCUAAGGAAUAUGACGUGACAUGGUACGUUUCAUCCAGCCCCUGCGUCGCUUGUGCCGCCAAGUUGGCCAACAUCCUCCAGCAGCGCAAGAAGCUGCGCCUCUCCAUAUUCUGCUCCCGUCUCUUUGAAUGGGAGGAGCCGGAGAUAGUGGAAGGCCUGAAGGCCCUGGUGAGAGCCGGCUGCAAGCUGCGGAUGAUGAAGCCCAUUGACUUCCAGCAUGUUUGGGAAAUGUAUGUGGAACAGGAGGGCGAGAGCUUUACACCGUGGGAGGAUUGCCAGGAGAACUACGAGUACUAUGUGGAGAGACUUACUGAUAUCCUCAAGUAGAUGAGUGUCCAACCUGACUGAAGAAACCUGCUUGUGAAACCAUCACUUCGUUUUUGUUUGUUUUUAUUUCAUUUUUUUGCUGUCACAUUUGACGCUGCGGAUACAUUUUUCACAGAAUGAGCACUUGUGGCAACGUUUUCUACUUCUUAUUUUUAAAAAUGAAUACAUGAAGGUACACGAUUUGUAGAUAAAUAUAUCAAACACGAUGCAACGAGUCGCUUUUAAAAGAGCAAAGCAAUGCAAAAAUACAUUCAGUCAUGAACGGUUACAAAUAUUAAAAACAAAACUGGAAGAAGUUA